GUAUCCGGCGACAGGCUUACAGCGCUGGUAUAUAAGACAUCAAACAUCAAAUAAUCCGUAGCAGAUUGUCGAAGGUUUUUCAUUUUGAAACAAAAUCGAGUUCUCCGAAUUUCCUUCAAUUGCGAAAUAGUGCUUUAGAAACUAUGGCUUCCAAGCUCUUCGCCAUUAUUGCUGGGGUUGGACCCGGCACAGGUGCCUCUGUUGCUCGACGCUUUGCACAGCAGUACCCCGUGGCACUGUUGGCUCGAAACCCUGACAACUAUAAGCCAAUAGUCAACGAGAUAAACAGCUCUGGCGGUAAAGCUGUUGGGUUCAGCGCAGACGUAACGGAUGUCAAGAGUAUCAGGAACGCCUUCGAGGAAAUCUCCAAGGAAUUCGGCAAUGCAAAUCUCGCGGCUGCAGUUUUUAACGUAGGUGGAGGUUUCGUGCGAAAGCCAUUCUUGGAGAUAACUCAGGAAGAUUUUGAUGGUGCUGUUGCCGCAACAAGUCGCGGGACUUUCAAUUUCUCUCAGAGUACUCUACCGCUGCUGCUGAAAACCGCAUCUACCAAUCCAGAGUAUCCGCCCACUCUCAUCUUUACCGGAGCUACUGCUUCUGUGAAAGGCUCAGCGAAUUUCUCCGUCUUUGCCGCGGGCAAGUGGGCUCAGCGAGCAUUUGCUCAAUCUUUAGCCCGUGAAUUUGGUCCUCAGGGCAUCCAUGUCAGUCAUGCAGUCAUCGAUGGAGUGAUUGAUAUUCCCCGCACCAAAGAGUGGAAGUUUGAUGCACCUGAUGCGAAAAUCAGUCCAGAUGCCAUUGCGGACGCAUACUGGCACCUUCAUACCCAGCCUCGUACGACUUUUACUUUUGAGAUUGAUAUCCGUCCUUAUGUUGAGAAAUGGUAAUCCUUUUGAGCGGGCUGCUCAACGUUGUACGAUU